GUGAUAUUCUUGUUACUCAAGAAGGAAUGCUACACAGGGUGUUAUAAGUGAGACCCAUUCACUCUGGAGCCAAGUUAUCUAUUGUCUUUUGAGACCGUGUUAAAGUGGAGGGUAAAAUGUCAUCUUCACGCACUCCAACAUGGCCUUCGCAAGACAUAGAGCAGACGAGCAAGGAAACCACAACCAAUUCGGAAUCAAUGGGAGCUACAUACCCUGCCAAUCCUUCAGCAAGUUCGAGUUCGAAGAAUGUCAACCAGCGGGAUGGAUCAUGCACCUCGCUCUCAGUUUGGUGGGACGAGCCAGAGGACCAAGAUCCCGAAAAUCCCAUGAACUGACCUGCGACAAAAAAAAUGGGCCAACAUUCUGACGAUUUCCGUCAUGAGCUUUCUGGUGCCACUCGUAUCAUCGGUGGUCGCGCCAGCGGUAGAGCUUAUAUUGGCAGACUUCCAUUCUAGCUCGACAACAUUUCCGACCUUUGUACUGUCAGUAUUUGUGCUGGGCUUCGCUGUCGGACCACUGCUUCUCCCUCCACUAAGUGAGCUGUAUGGUCGUGUCAUUGUCUACAAUGUCACGAAUGUGCUCUUCGUCGUGUUCACCAUCUUGUUUGGCCUCUCAUACAAUGAAGCGAUGCUCCUUGGCUUUCGGUUUCUAUCUGGGUUCGCAGGUGUGGCCACAAUAUCGAUAGGCCCGGCCAGUAUUGCAGACAUCAUGCCCCGGGAGAAAAGAGGAAAGGCCGUGUCACUCUGGGCUGUAGGCACCGUGAUUGGCCCAAUGGUAGGCCCCAUCAUUGGUGGUUAUGUGACAGAAGUUCUCGGUUGGAGAUUGAUCUUCUGGAUUAUCUCAAUCAUAGCCGGCCUUGUCACGGUCGUCGCUCUAACCAUUUCAAGGGAGACAUACCCUCCAGUGCUCCUGGAAAGGAAAGCAAGCCGACGCAGGAAAGAAACUGGAAAUCCCAACUAUCGGUCUAGGCUCGCUUCCGACUUAGGCCUUCGAGAGCUUGUCAUACGAAGCAUCAUGCGACCCUCCAAGAUGCUAAUCCUUUGUCCAAUUGUCACGACCAGCUGCGUCUACAUCUGUGUGCUGUACAGCAUCAUCUACAUAUUCUUCUCGACAUUCUCAAUCAUAUUUAAAGAGGUCUAUGACUUUUCUACCUUUGAUUCCGGGCUAGUGUUUAUUGCCUGUGGCAUUGGGACAUUGUCAGGACUUGCUUAUCUGGGGUAUUUCAGCGACAAGACUUUAGAGAAACGGGUACGGGCCGAAAGGCUGAUUACGCCGGAGGACAGGCUACCCUUCCUAGUCACAGUACCUGGAGUCUUGAGCUUUUCACUUGGGAUAUUUGUGUAUGGGUGGGGAGUGGAAAAACAUGUUCAUUGGAUCGUUCCCCAGGUUGGAACGGCCAUGGCAGGGUUCGGUUACAUUCUAAUAUUUACAGCCGUCCAAACCUAUCUCAUCGACGCCUUCGAGGAUCACUCUGCCAGUGUCAACGGCGCUAAUGCGGCACUCAGAGGUCUUGCCGGGGCACUAAUCCCUCUUGGCGGCCUGGACCUGUACAAGACAUUGGGAUGGGGAUGGGGAAACUCCCUGCUAGCCUUCAUCGCACUUGCUUUUGCACCAUUUCUCUGGAUCUUGGCUGUGUAUGGUGAGAAGAUUCGGAGAACACAGCUGUUCAAAUCAAGGCUCUGAUGCCUUGCAAAUGGAGGCCAUUUGGUCCAUUUGAUAAUAGAGAAGAAAAAGAUGUAGUAAAUUUACUCUAAGAUAUAAGACAUAUAGGGUAAUGCGUCAUCUAUCUGUCAAAAUAAACAGCUCGACCACUCCGUCCGUAGCAACACAGGUUGCUUAUAUAUUUGGUUAGCGAU